CUGAUACAUUGCAUGGAAUAACUCUUAAUCCAAUCCAUAAACUAUUAUUAAAUGAGCUAAACCCUUUUCUAAUUGAUGCCAGAGAACCUGAUGAAAUUAAAACACUCGAUAUGAUUCCUGGAGCCAUUAAUGUACCACUGGGUUCAAUUGCAAAGGCAUUUUCCUUGACUGAUAAUGAAUUCUUUAAAAAAUAUAAUGCAAAUAAGCCAGGAAAAUAUGAAAAAAUUAUCGUAUAUUGCCGAUCUGGGGCUCGAAGCACAACAGCAAGGCGAAUUCUUCAUUCUCUCGGAUUUUCUAAGUAUACACUAUUAUUUUAG